AGUAUGAAUGAAUGAAUGAAUGAAUGGACACUCGAACGAACAAAUAGCUACACCCCCACUGUGUUUGAGCGGCUCACCGUUAAUCUGCAAAUGAAGGGCAAACCCCUGAACCUCCAAAUCUGGGACACAGCAGGACAAGUGGACUAUGACCGCCUGCGGCCCCUGUUCUACCCUGACGCCAGCGUCCUGCUCCUCUGCUUUGAUGUGACCAGCCCACACAGCCUCGACAACGUCUCUACCCGGUGGUACCCGGAGGUGAACCACUUCUGCAAGGAGGUGCCCAUCAUUGUCGUGGGCUGCAAGACGGACCUGCGCAAGGACAAGUCACUGGUGAAGAAGUUGCGGAAAAACGGAUUGGAGCCUGUGACCUACCACAGGGGCCAGGAGAUGGCGAGGUCCGUGGGCGCGGUGGCCUACCUCGAGUGCUCGGCGUUGCUCCAAGAAAAUGUCCACGCGGUCUUCCAGGAAGCGGCCGAGGUGGCCCUGAGCAGCCGCAGUCGCAACUUCUGGAGGAGGGUUACCCGGAGCUUGUGUGUGCUGACCUGACACCUGAGGCCUUCCCUGCCCCCGCCACCCCAGCAGCACAGGAACGAGCUGGGUGCCGACCUUCCUUCCGCUCAGUUGGCUGGGCUGGACCCAGUCCCCGGGCUGUGACCACCAAACUACACCUCAAACAGAUGGACAGCGUGAAGGCCGGGCACUGGACCCGGGUCUGUGGUCCCUGGGCCCGAGUGUAACCCCCUGCGGCCUGAGGAAGGGGGGGGUCCAGAGCCCACCAGCCCUGUGGAGGGCUAGUCCCGGAGUGCCUUAGAAUGACUACCAGAUGCCCCGCUCCCAGCCUGUACCCCACAUCCGGAAGCAGCCCGCGCCUCUGGUGCCGCCUGGUGCCACCUUGCGGCUGUUCCCGGGCUGCACCUUCAGGACCUGGCGCUCUAGGACCCUGGGCCUGCACUCACACCUUGCCCUUUCCCCCUGCCCCUUGCCCAUCCGGUGGUAACUAUAACAACUAAAACAACAUCGCUUGCCAGUUA